AUGGUUGAUGUCGGGAUAGAGAAGUUGAGGUUUUUCUUUCCAUUCUGCAUUUUAUACAAACAUGUUUUCAAACUGUACAUGUGUGUUUUAAUUGAUUUUCCAAAUUAUAGCAUACAGGAUCUUUCAAAAGCAUCCGAAAUACCACAAAUAAAGAAUGUUUUAAUUUUAAUGAUGAUUCUGAACAAAUCAGCGGAGAGAAUACAAUCAAAUAAAGUAUUAACAAUGCUGGAAUGUGUAUCCGCCGAGGAAGCCGACAAGCAACCGUCACCUAGAGUAGUUAACUGUCAUUACCCACCAAGGUACCUUCCUCUGGAGGAUAUGAAGGCCCAGCAAAUUAAAACAGUAUUAUGUCUACGAAAUCCAAAAGACACGGCCGUGUCAUAUUAUAAUCAUAUGAAGGGUAUAAAAAUGUACGAAUACGAAGGUAAAUGGGAGAAUUGGAUAUCAGGGUUUGCUGAAGGGAAAUAUGAAUACGGGAAGUACAGCCAGUAUUUGUUGGAAUGGCAGCGUGAGGUUGAAAAACAAGAAUAUCCUCUACAUGUCAUGUUUUAUGAAGAUUUGAAAAUGAAAAUUGUGAUGGCGGUUAAAGAACAAUGUCGUAGCAGCCGUCAAGUUGGUGACUGGAAGAAUUGGUUUACUGUUGCACAGAAUGAAAUGUUUGAUGAUAUCUGGAAGAAAGACACUAAAGAUUUAACAAUGUUUAAAUUCAAAUAUACUAAUGGCAGUGCUUGAUAUUUCAUGUUACAAAUAACUAGUGAAUUAUAUCUUCAGGUGAAGUUUUCAGACAAUAUGUUUAUCAAUAUUAUUUACAGUACAGUCUGAAAACAAUCUUUUAAAUAAACGGCAAAAACAC